CCCAGAGCUUUCACUACAUUGGUAUAAAAACCGUAUUGAUAACGAUACUCCUUUACAAGAACCAAACAAACUCCUCCAAACUCUGCCGCCAAAUCCCUCUCAACACACCGUUUAAGCACUUCAGCUUCCUUCACCACCGGUGUUCCUCUUCUCGAAUGCCGAGUCACUGACUCAGACUCACUCGUUACGUUAUUACCAAACAAAAAGACGACAAUGUCCUCAAGACGCCACUCGCUGAGUGGUCCUCCUCCUCAACUCAGUGGUACCGCUUCGACUCACGAGCUCCGGCAACGAGUCAUUACCUGUCUCAACAAACUCUCCGACCGAGAUACUCUCGCCGGUGCUAGUUUGGAGCUUGAAUCCAUUGCCAGAACCCUAAGUCAUGACUCGUUUUCAUCUUUUCUCUCUUGCAUUCACAACACCGAUUCGUCGUCUAAAUCUCCGGUUCGUAAACAAUGUGUUAACCUUUUGAGCCUUCUCUCGCGUUUCCAUGGAGACGCUCUCUCUCCUUUUAUCUCGAAGAUGAUUGCUACUGUUCUCCGUCGUCUGAGAGAUCCAGACUCGGUUGUACGAUCCGCUUGCGUCGACGCUGUUGCUGAGAUGUCGUCGCGCAUAACUCGGCCUUCGUUCUCUGUCGCGUUCCUGAGGCCGUUUAUGGAUGCAUUAGCGCUGGAGCAGGACGUGAAUGUGCAGAUCGGCGCCUCACUGUGCCUUGCCGCGGCUAUUGAUGCGGCGCCGGAGCCGGAUGUUGAGUCGCUCCGGAGGACUACGCUUCCGAGGUUAGGGAAGCUUCUGAAGACUGACUCGUGUAAGGCGAAGGCGCCGUUGUUGGUGCUGAUCGGAAGCGUUGUCUCCGUCGGCGGUGCUUCGAGUCGUGGAGUAAUGAAUUGGUUAGUUCCUUGCGUUGUUGAGUUUCUCGGAAGUGAGGAUUGGAAUGUGAGAAAAGCCUCUGUGGAAGUGUUGGGGAAAGUAGCUUCAGUGGAGAAAGAUUUGGCUUCGCAGCAUAAAGUUCUGUGUUUAGAUUCGUUGCAAAAUAAACGGUUUGAUAAGGUCAAAGUUGUUCGAGAGACUAUGAAUCUGGCAUUGGAUAUGUGGAAGGAAGUAAAAGAUGUGUCUGAAAAUGCUCCUACUCCGGUUAAGUCUCCAUGUGUUUCAGUUGGCACAGAAGAUGGUAAAGGUCUGUAUGCUGCCAAAAGUUCACCCUCUGUUGGCUCUAAAUUGUCCCAACUAAAUAAAAUGGUCCCUUCAAAAAGGUCACCUCCAUCUACAGUUUCAUUUAAAUCGUCUGGCAAAAGAGAGAUUCCUAUAAAGGGUAAUGAUAAGUAUUCAAGGAUGGGGGCGUUGCGCCAGCAAGAUCACGAAAAGUUAUCUGUUGAAAACCUUCAAACUCCAAUAUCAAAGUCCUCCCAUUCAAACAUGACCAAGGAAGAAGAUAUUAAAAGGUGUGAUUUUGAAUCUUCUAAGUCACCCACGUAUCAGAAUGUGACAAAUUCGAAGGCGGAUGUAAAGCAGGUUUUCCUUAACAAGAUGUCAGAUGAGAAAGUGCGGAAGAUUGGUGGUUCAAAUUCUCGCGUAGUUCCAUGUGAUGAUGAUGACGAUCUCAACACAGUUGUUACUGUCAAUAAUGUAAAUGAAGUUUGUGAGAGCCCACAAGAUGUUGAGGAUUUGUCUUUGAUACGCGAACAACUUUUACAAAUUGAAAACCAGCAAUCAAAUCUGUUAGACCUCCUCCAGAGAUUUAUUGGAACCUCCCAAACUGGGAUGAAUUCUCUGGAGACACGUGUACAUGGUCUAGAGAUGGCAUUGGAUGAAAUAUCAUAUGAUUUGGCAGUAUCAAGUGGCAGGAUUCCCAACACUGAUGCCAUAGAAGACAUGUGUUGCAAGCUACCUGGCACUGACUUUCUGAGUUCUAAAUUCUGGAAGAAGACAGAAGGUCGGUAUUCGACGACGUCAAGGCUCUCUUUUGGAAGCUCAGCACCAAUAAAUAAUGUGCAUAAUGCAACUGAUAGAAAUGGAAGCAAAGAAAUAUUAACUACAAAUAGCAAAAGAUUUCAGCAUCGUAGAGAUGAGGGUGGAUAUCUUGUGAACCCAUUGCCAGAAAUUCAAAGCGAUUUGAAUGGUCAUUCAGGGCAACUUUCGUAUAAAAUCUCUAAAAACUUUGUUCAAGAUGCUGGGAGUGCACAAGGUAACAGUUUCCGCAGAUUUGAUGGCAUUUCAUCAACUAGGGAAAUACUGAGGAACCAGAAUAUCAGAUCAUCCGCGUAGAGAAGACGGAUUGCAGCAAGAUUCACAGACUACAGACCACUAAUUUGCUGAAAUCACUCUCCUUGCUUGUUGGUUUAGGUUGCAGUGCACAAGAUGUAUUACAGAUUUCUUCUUGUGUAAGCUUGUAGAAAUAUGAUGCAGACGUAGAAAUUUUCUUGACAUGUAUCUUAAUUAGAUUAUUAUAUUAUGUAUUUGACAGUAGAUAGAAAAAAAAAGUGAUUAUUCCGUAGGAUGCAUGGGUGAAGUAUGUUUUGGUGGUUUGGCGGAAUAUAAAAAAUUAGCAUUGUAAAUAUGUUUAGCUGGUCAAAGGUUGUAGAGCAAUUGGUGUCUUGGGAUAUGAGUUCCAAUUUGCAAUUCUCUAUUAGUCAGUAUUUAGUGUGUUCUGUGGUUAAACUCGGAAAAACUUUUUUUAAAAAAAAGUAUUAGUAGAAAGAUACACAUAAAUAAAACUUAACUUUUAAGAGUAUCUGCAUAUUAUGCAACAAAAACAUUUAUUUUAAGC